AUGAACUCGCUUUUCAAUUCUGCGCUUAAGCAGUCGUCUGCGAUCCGGCGGGAUCUGGAGACCUUUUCGGAGUCGCCCGCGACGUCAUCUGCAGCACUACAAGGUGAGUCGCUCUCGGAUGAAUACGCGUGUCUGGUUCGGGAUGAAAUGCUGAUGGUUGUCAAUGCAGGCCAGAUCGCAGCUUCGUUAGCAUCGCUAUCGCGAACGGUGGACGACUACUCGGCGCUAUCCAAGAAGGAAUUGAUCCCUGCGAAACAAGAGAAGGCGUUUGAACGGGUUAAGAACUUUCGAGCAGAGCUUGGGGACUACAGACAGCAAUUUGACGGCCUUCGCAAAGUGCGAGAAGAUGCUCAAUCCAUGUCGAACCGCAACGAACUCCUCGGCCGUCGACCGCAUCAUGCCGCGACUCCGGAAAACCCCUACGCACAAUCUGCCCUCCCUCAAUCAUCGCCAUUCGCCCCUUCGACUACGUCGCGAUCUGGACUGAGCUUUGGCGCACCGCCGGCCGAUUAUAACCGAGAAACGCACGCGCUGCGCGAACAGUCAUUCCUGGGCAACACCAGUAACCAGCUGGAUGAAUUUCUCGACCGGGGACGCGCGGUGCUUGCAGAUCUGGGAGAGCAGCGGGAAAUCCUCAAGGGUACGCAGCGGCGACUGUACAGUGUUGCCAAUACGCUGGGCGUGAGCGGGGAUACGAUUCGGAUGGUGGAGCGACGGGCUAAGCAGGAUAAGUGGAUUUUCUGGGUUGGAGUGUUGAUAUUCUUCUUGUUCUGCUGGGCGGUGUUGCACUUUUUGCGAUGA